GGAGCAAGGGGCGUGACGGAACGAGCGCGCUGUCACGUGAUGUGCGUGGCGACGUGUCGGCCAUCUUGUGUUGUUGAGGCUGAGGACUGACUUGGGUUCUGAGACUCUCUGUCCCGGACCGCAGUGUUAAAAGGACCUGAACAAAGUCUGCUCACACCUCCUGCUGUGAACCAGCAGAACUUUUGAACAGGUUUCUCCACAUAUAAAAAUCUAUUGUAAAAAUACGGAAAAUAAUGGCAGCGGAAACGCAGACACUGAACUUUGGGCCUGAAUGGCUCCGAGCUCUGUCCAGUGGUGGGAGUGUCACGUCCCCUCCUCUUUCUCCAGCUUUGCCGAAGUAUAAAUUAGCAGACUAUCGUUAUGGUCGAGAAGAAAUGUUAGCACUUUUCCUUAAAGAUAACAAGAUACCUUCAGACCUACUGGAUAAAGAAUUUCUGCCUAUCCUACAGGAGGAGCCCCUGCCUCCGUUGGCUCUUGUACCCUUUACAGAAGAAGAACAGAGAAACUUUUCCAUGUCUGUAAAUAGUGCCGCUGUCCUGCGAUUGACAGGACGAGGAGGAGGAGGAACAGUGGUGGGGGCUCCUAGAGGUCGAAGUUCUUCAAGAGGGCGAGGCAGAGGCAGAGGUGAAUGUGGUUUCUACCAAAGAAGCUUUGAUGAAGUAGAGGGUGUGUUUGGUCGAGGAGGUGGCAGGGAAAUGCAUAGGUCACAGAGCUGGGAGGAAAGAGGUGACAGACGUUUUGAAAAACCAGGACGAAAAGAUGUAGGGAGACCAAAUUUUGAGGAAGGUGGACCAACAUCGGUGGGAAGAAAGCAUGAAUUUAUACGAUCAGAAAGUGAAAACUGGCGUAUUUUUAGAGAAGAACAAAAUGGAGAGGAUGAAGAUGGAGGUUGGCGACUAGCUGGACCAAGACGGGAUGGAGAGAGGUGGCGGCCCCACAGCCCUGGCUGGCGGGAACACAUGGAGCGACGGCGAAGGUUUGAGUUUGAUUUUCGAGAUCGGGAUGAUGAACGGGGUUACCGACGGGUGCGCUCUGGCAGUGGAAGCAUAGACGAUGACCGGGAUAGCUUGCCUGAGUGGUGCUUAGAGGAUGCUGAAGAAGAGAUGGGCACAUUUGACUCCUCUGGAGCAUUCCUCUCUCUAAAGAAAGUACAGAAAGAGCCGAUUCCAGAAGAGCAGGAGAUGGACUUCCGGCCUGUAGAGGAAGGUGGGGAGUGCUCUGACUCUGAGAGCAGCCAUAAUGAAGAAGCCAAAGAACCCGAUAAGACAAAUAGGAAAGAGGGAGAGAAGACAGAUAGAGUAGGAGUUGAAGCUAGUGAGGAAGCAUCCCAUACUUCCUCAUCAUCUGCUAGACCAGGUACUCCUUCAGACCAUCAGCCUCAGGAAGCACCACAGUUUGAGAGGAAAGAGGAACCCCAAACUGAGCAAACGGAAAAAACUGAGGAAGAGAGUCAGACGGAAACUAGCCUACCAACCAAAGUGCCCAGCAGAGGGGAUGAAAUGGUUUCUGAUGUCCAGCAGCCCCUGUCACAGAUUCCUUCCGAUACAGCCUCUCCUCUUCUCAUACUUCCACCGCCUGUUCCCAAUCCUAGUCCUGCCCUCCGGCCAGUUGAAACGCCGGUCGUAGGUGCUCCUGGGAUGGGCAGCGUUUCCACAGAGCCAGAUGAUGAAGAGGGUCUCAAACAUUUGGAGCAGCAAGCUGAGAAGAUGGUGGCUUAUCUCCAAGACAGUGCACUAGAUGAUGAGAGACUGGCAUCUAAACUGCAAGAGCACAGAGCUAAGGGAGUCUCAAUUCCAUUGAUGCACGAAGCAAUGCAGAAGUGGUAUUACAAAGAUCCUCAGGGAGAAAUUCAAGGUCCCUUCAAUAAUCAGGAGAUGGCGGAAUGGUUUCAGGCCGGCUAUUUUACUAUGUCUUUAUUGGUGAAGAGAGCAUGUGAUGAAAGCUUCCAACCUCUUGGUGAUAUCAUGAAAAUGUGGGGAAGGGUUCCCUUCUCUCCCGGUCCAGCUCCCCCUCCUCAUAUGGGGGAGUUGGACCAGGAACGACUGACCAGGCAGCAGGAGCUCACGGCCUUGUACCAGAUGCAGCAUCUUCAGUACCAGCAGUUCUUAAUACAACAACAGUACGCACAGGUUUUGGCUCAGCAACAGAAAGCAGCCCUGUCUUCGCAGCAGCAGCAACAGUUGGCUCUUCUUCUCCAGCAGUUCCAGGCUCUGAAAAUGAGAAUAUCUGAUCAGAACAUCAUUCCUUCAGUAACUAGGUCUGUGUCGGUGCCAGAUACUGGUUCUAUCUGGGAGCUUCAGCCAGCAGCCUCACAGCCUACAGUUUGGGAAGGUGGUAGUGUAUGGGAUCUUCCCCUUGACACCACAACUCCAGGACCUGCCCUUGAACAGCUUCAGCAGAUGGAGAAGGCCAAAGCUGCAAAGCUAGAACAGGAGAGAAGAGAGGCAGAAAUGAGGGCAAAACGGGAAGAGGAGGAACGAAAGAGGCAAGAAGAACUGCGAAGACAACAGGAGGAAAUUCUUCGGAGGCAGCAGGAGGAAGAAAGGAAGAGGCGGGAGGAAGAAGAGCUUGCCCGAAGGAAACAGGAAGAAGCUCUGCGACGCCAGAGGGAGCAAGAAAUUGCAUUAAGGCGACAGCGAGAAGAGGAAGAAAGACAACAGCAAGAAGAAGCUCUUCGGAGACUGGAAGAGAGGAGAAGAGAAGAGGAGGAAAGGCGGAAGCAAGAAGAGUUGUUACGCAAGCAGGAAGAGGAGGCUGCAAAAUGGGCCCGGGAAGAAGAAGAAGCCCAGCGUCGAUUAGAGGAGAACCGGCUGCGGAUGGAAGAGGAGGCAGCCCGACUCCGGCAUGAAGAAGAGGAGCGGAAGAGGAAGGAAUUGGAGCUCCAGCGGCAGAAGGAGUUGCUGCGCCAGAGGCAGCAGCAGCAGGAGGCUCUCCGCAGGUUGCAGCAGCAGCAGCAGCAGCAGCAGCUGGCUCAGAUGAAGCUUCCCUCUUCUUCCACAUGGGGCCAGCAGUCCAAUACAACAGCGUGUCAGUCCCAGGCAACGCUGUCAUUGGCUGAAAUCCAAAAACUAGAAGAGGAACGAGAACGGCAGCUUCGAGAAGAGCAGAGGCGCCAGCAGAGGGAACUGAUGAAAGCUCUCCAGCAGCAGCAGCAGCAGCAGCAGCAGAAGCUCUCUGGCUGGGGGACUGUCAGCAAACCUGCAGGCACUGCCAAGUCGCUCCUGGAGAUACAGCAGGAAGAAGCCAGGCAGAUGCAGAAGCAGCAGCAGCAGCACCAGCAGCCGAACAGAGCCCGGAACAAUACGCAUUCCAACCUGCACACCAGCAUUGGGAAUUCUGUUUGGGGCUCUAUAAAUACUGGCCCCCCUAACCAGUGGGCAUCUGACCUAGUCAGUAGUAUCUGGAGUAAUGCUGACACUAAAAACUCCAACAUGGGAUUCUGGGAUGAUGCAGUCAAAGAGGUGGGACCUAGGAAUUCUACAAAUAAAAAUAAAAACAACGCCAGUCUCAGUAAAUCUGUAGGUGUGUCUAACCGGCAGAAUAAGAAAGUAGAAGAAGAAGAAAAGUUGCUGAAGCUCUUUCAGGGAGUAAAUAAAGCCCAAGAUGGAUUUACCCAGUGGUGUGAACAGAUGCUUCAUGCCCUUAAUACGGCAAAUAACUUGGAUGUUCCCACUUUUGUUUCUUUCCUGAAAGAAGUAGAAUCUCCUUAUGAAGUCCAUGAUUAUAUUAGGGCCUAUUUAGGAGAUACCUCUGAGGCCAAGGAGUUUGCCAAGCAGUUCCUGGAGCGCCGCGCCAAACAGAAAGCCAGCCAGCGGCAGCAGCAGCAACAGCAGGACUCUGUGUGGGGAAUGAACCAUAGUGCACUCCAUUCAGUAUUUCAGACCAAUCAAAGCAACAACCAACAAUCCAAUUUUGAGGCCGUACAAAGUGGCAAGAAGAAGAAAAAACAGAAGAUGGUCCGAGCAGAUCCCAGUUUACUAGGGUUUUCAGUCAAUGCUUCAUCAGAGCGACUCAAUAUGGGUGAAAUCGAGACUUUGGAUGACUACUGAGCACCUGCCAGUGGACUGGCCUUCCUUCUCCUCUCUGCUGACCAUGGAUUCUCCACCUUUGGACACAACACUUACUCACCAUUUACUCUAUAUCACUCUGCAACAAAUCACAGAACCGAUCAUCUCAGGCUUUUUCUUCUAGCCCUUUGUGUCCAAGAUUCUUUAAACUGUUUUUGUUGGUGAGCAUCUCAGACUGUAGAUAAGUGGACCGGACCCUGUGUCUUGGGGGUGGCAGUUGGGAUUACUCCCCAACAAGGCUGAUUUUGGGCAGCACCUGUUUACUGUGCCGUGAUUUCAUCUGCUGUGUCCCAGAAAGUGUGUUGGGAUCUGCCAAUAGCUAUUUACUUUCUUAUGUCACUUUUUUCCUUUCUAUAUUCUUUUUCUUCUUCUUUUUAACCCCCCAUAAGGGCAAGGGGUCUAACUGGUGCAGUCAUGAAGAGAGUUAAUGGUAACAGACAUUGACCAGCAACAUCAUGCCACGGACUGUGACUUUUGAGUGUCCAACAAGACAGUCAGAGCGCCCCCAGUCUGAAGGUCGCAUUGCCACUGCUAACUUUGGGAUUGCAUCAAAGAGGCCCUGAGUGGGGUGGAGUUUAAAUUGGAUUGGUUUGAUGUUGCACACCCCUCGCCUGUUCUUUCUGAGCAUCCUUUUGGAGAAAGGAUUCAUAUUUUUCUUCAUUAGAUAGUGACUUCCAAGCAAGCUGACUUCUCCCCUGGCAUUCUCCAACCUGAUUGGACAAAGGAAACCCUAUGGCCUGGGAGAAGGACUUAUUCUUAAUUUUUCCUUUCUUACAAAAACUGAUUUUUCCCAUAAAUAUUUUUACUUCAGAGGACUAGGACCAGUUUGUUUUGGGCCUUUCUGCUGAAAAUUUGUCUCGUUUAAGAGGCAGCUAGGAUCUUUACCAUAUGUAUGAAUUUGUGUAAUUUCAUUUUGGAUAGGGAUAAACUUUUGCUUCUGAUAAAAGCCCGGAAUUUCAUCUGGUUCCUCAGAGCAUUACGUGUGUGUCUUGCUGUGGCCCCAAAAGGUUUUGUUUAAAGAUUCUGAAAUGGCAAGUUGCUUGCCUUUUCUGAAAAGAAAACAUACAAAACCUAACCAUCUUUAAGACCUUCAUCCAUGGAAACCACUACACAGGAGAAUGCAGUGGGAUGGAGGGGAUGGGAGAGAAUGGGAGAAGAGAAGCCUGCUUCUGGCUUCUGAUCAUGGCCUCCUAAUACCCCUUCACUUCAGUUAUAAAUGUAUUCAAGCCCUAUUUAUAAACCAGUACUCUUCCUGCCUCCCCCAGCCCCCUGCAGAACAUCACUCUGGAAUUGCCAAUCACACUUUGGUCUGGAGCCAUUGGACCAUCCGUCCCUGUGUGAGAAGUGCUGUGGUUCGGGUGGCUCCUGGUAGAGCACCUUUUCUUUCUGUCAUCAUUGCCUGAAGAAGGCUGGAGUUGCUCUGAGAGCAUUUUGGUUUUGGCUGAUUAUAUUUGGUUUCUAUUUUUAUUCUUUUGGAUCACCAUUCUCCCUAUCCCUUCUUGCCUCCCUCGCACCCUCCCUCCCAAACAUGUACAAUAACUAUACAGAGACUGCUACAAACUUGUAUAUAGUUUUUGGAUCAAAUAGCAUGAGGAGAUGGGGGACCAUUAAAAGUUGGGACUCCUGCUCUCCUUUGCUUUGUAAAUUCAAAAGUGGGGGGUGGGGAAGAGGGAUAGUUAAAAUGUUUACAAAACUUUAAGCUCCCUCGGAACUUUUGCCAGUGUGGAGGAAAAUAAAAAAGAACUUAAAUAAAACAUGGUGGUAUUCUGUCUGAGCGCA